CAUGUUCAGAAGAUCAACCAUCUUGGGCCCUUUCAGAUGUGGGAGAAGAAAGUGAGUUUGCUUGAAUGUCUCAAGUGAUCUCAACUCCCAAGAUUAAAAUUUGAAGAGUGAUGGCCUAUAAAAUGCUCAAAAAACCAACUGUAAAGAGCUUGAUGGGUUAAGAUCAACACUCUGAAUUACAGUUGGAAGUUGAUAUAUGCUUCCUGUGUGAAACACCUCUUAGUGUGAUGUCCUUCACUAACUAAACUUUCCUAAGAGUCUUCAAAUAUAACACAGUUUGGAGCAGAUUGAAUUCAUUGUUGGGUGAUAAAGGUAACAGACAAGAUUCCUGGAAAACAGUAACACAGUGAAUAAAUAUCACUGCCACCAUUUCUUCUAGUUGACUUGCCCCAAACCUUCAUCACUUCAGUCUUAUCUGCAUUGAACUUCGUGUAGCUGGUCUGUUGGAAUUAUUAACUAUAUUGUAAAGUAUUAAUAUUAAUGUGGAGACUACUAGACUCUAAUUUAAUCAUAAAUUCCUUUAAGUCCAAAGUCUGAAUAGUAUUUUAUGCAAUUGCUCUAAACAUGCCUAACAGCCUAAAAAUAAGCAGUUACUACGCCCAAUACAGUUAAAAAGUGUUCAUAAGCAUGUGAUCAGUAUACAGUAAUUGCAAAUUAGGCCAGACUUAGGGAAAAUUGUCUCAUCCUGAUGUGCUCCAGAACUGUUAGACAAAGAACCCUCAGAUUCAUAACUCUUCUUAUACCCUUCAACAAACAAAUGAUCUAAUAGCCAAUUACCACUUUAGCUAACAACUAAUCUGAGACAGUUCGCAUUAAUUUUCAGUUUUUGUCCAGAUAAGAGUUGUAACCUCCUUCCUCCUUAUUUCUUCCCCUCCUUCCUGCUGACCAACAGCUUUUACAUUACACCUGGGUUCACAUAGGCUUUGCUUUUAAGAUACCACUGGUAUGUGGGUUGGGAGGGUCCAUGUUGGCUCCUUUUAAGACGGAUUCUUUUUGACUUAUUUACAACCUUUUUAGAAACUUUCACUUCUCUCAACAUCUCCUUCUAGCCUUAUAACUCAUUAUUUUCACACACUUCCUUCUACUUGCUGGUAAGGGUCUUUACCAAACUUGUAUUCGCUUUACCCAACUUAAGAUAACUCUAAUUCUUUAUUUUCAUAUUUAUUUUGCACGGUCUCUCAUCCACACCCAAGCUUAUCAAUUGUCUUCCUUCAUUUUCUGUUAGACCAGUUUCAUAUGCUUCUAAGUUAAAACAUAAAUUUUGCCUAUUCAAAAGGAAUAAUUUUUUAAAAUUAUUUAAAACCUCUUUUUAUUUGUCAAUUUCAUUAAUUUUUCUCAAGUUUAAAUUUUUGUUUGGAAACUCUUCAAAAGCUGUCUAUUAAUAGACUGUUUCAUACUUUAGACAUUUCAUUGAUAAAGAAAUACUGUAAUGCUUCCAGUGAAAAUUCAUCUAAGUUUAUUUCUGGUAUCCGGUUCAUCCUUAGUCCAAAUAAUUGCCAGAUUUAACAUGAAUAUUAAGACUAGCUUAUGUGAAAUAUUUAAAGUUUUGUCAUCGGGUAACACCAUUUUUAAUAUUUUCCCUACGGAAGCAACAGACUUUUGAACUUCUAUAGUUAAAAACUUUAGAAUUAUCAAUACUUCAAAGCUUAAUUUGAUUCAAAUUUUACUUUCUUUAAAUGUAUAUUGUUUCCUCUACUGAUCUCCUAUGGUAUUUACAGUUUUUGGUCCUCCGGUAUACCUGUAGCUGUGUUUUCAUUUUUUUUUUAAUAUCAGUAAAUGACUUGUGAUCCUUAUGAGAAUGAGGUCCUAUUAAUUCUGUUGAGAUGUGAUUGGGCAGUUGGAAGAGGGUUCAUUUGGAGAAUCUUCCUUAACUUAAUUUGUUUAGCUGAGGGACAUCAUGACAGUGCUCUUACCCAUGUUCUUCAUACAAUCAUUGCUUUCCUAGGAGUUGCCGAUCACAAGGGUGGAGUGCUGUUGCUGGUACUGGCAUUGUGUUGCAAGGUUGCUUUUCAUAUGGCUUCCCGAAAGCUCUCUGUAGAUGUAGGUGGAGCCAAGCGUCUUCAAGCUUUGUCUCAUCUUGUUUCCGUCCUUCUGUUAUGCCCAUGGGUCAUCGUCCUAUCUCUGACAACUGAGAGUAAAGUAGAAUCCUGGUCCUCUCUCAUCAUGCCUUUCGUAACUGUUAUCUUUUUCGUCGUGAUCUUGGAUUUUUAUGUGGAGUCCAUAUGUUCUGUCAAGAUGGAAGCCUCAAAGUGUGCCCGUUAUGGAUCGCUGCUCAUUUUGAUUAGUGCGCUGCUCUUUGGCAGCUUCUGGACACAUCCGAUAACGGAUCAGCUUCGAGCUAUGAACAAGCCAGCACACCAUGAAAUCACAGAGCAUGUCCUCUCUGGAGGAGUGGUAGUGAGUGCCAUUUUCUUCAUUUUAUCUGCCAAUAUUCUGUCCUCCCCCUCCAGGAAAGGGCAGAAAGGCACUCUUAUUGGCUAUUCUCCUGAAGGCAUUCCUCUCUAUAAUUUUAUGGGUGAUGCUUUGCAGCAUAGUUCUCAGUCGUUACCCCGGUUUAUUAAAGAGUCACUGAAACAAAUCCUUGAGGAGUAUGACUCUAGACAGAUUUUCUACUUCUUGUGCCUAAAUCUGGCUUUCACUUUUGUGGAACUCUUCUAUGGAGUGUGGACCAAUAGCCUUGGUCUAAUCUCAGAUGGAUUUCAUAUGCUUUUUGAUUGUUCUGCUUUAGUUAUGGGACUUUUCGCAGCUCUAAUGACUAGAUGGAAAGCAACCCGCAUAUUUUCAUAUGGGUAUGGCCGUGUAGAAAUUCUCUCUGGAUUUAUUAAUGGCCUUUUUCUAAUGGUAAUAGCUUUCUUCGUGUUCAUGGAGUCUGUGGCCAGACUAGUAGAUCCUCCAGACAUAGAUACAAAUAUGUUAACUCCAGUCUCGGUUGGAGGGCUGAUAGUAAACCUUGUUGGUAUCUGUGCCUUUAGCCAUGCCCACUCUCAUGGGGCUUCUCGUGGAGGCUGUCACUCACAUGAUCACAACCAUUCACACCAUGGUCAUGGACAUGGACACAGUCAUGGCCAUUCCCACAGUGACCACGGACACAAUCACAGUCAUGGACACUCUCAUGGGUUUUCAGGAGGAGGCAUGAAUGCCAACAUGAGAGGUGUGUUUUUACAUGUGUUGGCAGACACCCUGGGUAGUGUUGGUGUGAUCAUAUCUACGAUAUUUAUUCAACAGUUUGGAUGGCUGAUAGCUGAUCCCCUGUGCUCUCUCUUUAUUGCUACAUUAAUUUUUCUCAGUGUUAUCCCACUGAUAAAAGAUGCCUGUCAAGUACUUUUGCUGAGGCUACCACCAGAAUGUGAGAAAGAUCUGCACGUUGCGCUAGAAAAGAUCCAGAAAAUAGAUGGUUUAAUAUCCUACAGAGAUCCUCAUUUCUGGUGUCACUCUGCUAGUGUUGUGGCAGGUACUAUACAUGUACAGGUGAUAUCAGAUGUCAUGGAACAGAGAAUUAUACAGCAGGUAACAGCAGUUCUGAAAGAUGUUGGAGUGAACAAUUUAACUGUCCAGGUGGAGAAAGAAGCCUAUUUUCAACAUAUGUCUGGCCUCAGUACAGGAUUCCAUGAAGUCAUUUCUAUGACACAACAAAUGGAAUCCAUGAAAUACUACAAAGAUGGCACUUACAUCAUGUGAUGUGAAGAUACAUUCACCACUGGGAUAUAAGCUGUAGUAUUCAAUAUUUGUAUUAUUUUGUCAGGAGAACUUGCACAUAAAUGUACAGAAACAAAUAUAGUAUAUAUUUGAAUUUUUUAAAAAAGCUUAAUGUGUUAAGACUGGAUCAGGGUGCUUUUUAUAAAGGAAAUAAGAUGGACUAGAACAUUUGCUGUAUAUGUGGAAAUAAUGUAAAUCUGAAAUACUGUACUUGAUUAUUAAACAGAAAUCUUUCUACAUGUGUGGAUGAGCACAAAAGUAUUCCAGACCUUCCCUAAAGUAUGGAAUGUCAAAUUAAGAAUCAUGUUCAUGUCAAAAUUAAGGGGAAAGGAAAACACUUUGCAAGAGAAACAAAAUUGCCUCCAAAAACACUUUAUUUCCUUCAAAAUGAUUUUGAAGAGUGUGUGUGUGUGUGUGUGUGUGUGUGUGUGUGUGUGUGUGUGUUUACACGUUUAUUAUGAAGAGUAAAACUUAAACUGCAUAUGAAGUAAAGGCUUUUUGCAGAGUUCAUUAGAUACAAAAAGGAAUAUACAGUUUAAUAUUUAUUCACCUGUAUAAAACUGAUUUCUAACCAUAAUUUUACUACACCAAGGCAAAUAGAUGCUAUCAUUUUAAAUUUAUAUCAAGAGAACUUUUUUGUGU